AUGCGUUUUGUUUGUCUUUUCUCACGGACGGGCCGCCGUCUCUUUCUGGUUACACCCGCGGCAAGGGCACCGAUGUACUGCACGAGGUUGCUUCAUCUCAGCACAACUUCUACACCAUCACCCCCGACGCCUCUUGCUUCGUCGGCUGCCCCGCAAGAGCAACGAAGCCAACAGCCGCCACAUGGGGGUGAACUCGGUGAGCUUCUCGCGCGCUUGAACGACCAGUUAGAAAGAGUAACAGGGAAGAGCGCCGUAAUCGAAGGUACAAUCCAGCAGCAAGUGGCACAGGUUUCACUUAUGCAACGGCAGCAGGCAGUGCUGGAACGCCGUAUUGUGGCGUUGGAGGAGGAGGCAGCGCGGACGCAACAACAAAUAGCGGAAUCAACACGGAUAGCAUCGGAUGUGUCUCUUCAACACCACAACGUGGACGCGCUGGUCCGCCAAAUGGAAAAACUUGUACUGAAAGCCCUUUCGCCGUCGAUAUCUGAAAACGGCAACGGAUCUUCCAACUCUUUAAGCGCCGAUGAGGACCAUACAACGGAGAGCGGAGGGGUAAAUUUAAGCGUGGGGGAGAGACAACCGGGGGCGCCCAGCGUCGCUUCUGAUGUGCAUGCGGGGUCGUUGACUCCGCUGCAUGUAACCAUAUCCUCGUCGAGUCCUUCGCAUCCGCCAUCAACCGUUAUUUCGGAUAUCGGGAGGCGAGUCUCAGUACUAAGCACCCGUCUGGAGGCUCUGCAGGCGCGCAUGGAACAGCUGACGGCAGAGAAACUGGUUACAAACGUUGUUCAACCCCAUCUUAAGUCAGCGAAAGUUGAUGUGGCGUCGGCGGCUGUUUCCCGUGCAGCUUCUAAGGCGGUGAAAGAUGCUGGUGUGAACGGUAACGAAUCGGCUGGUAGCCCGGUGUCGGCGAAGUCUCUUUCUGCCCUGUUACGGAACACGGGGGCGUUUCCUUUUAAGGAUAAUGCGGGUGUGACACGCAUCGGUAGUCAAAAAGUGGUUGUUCGCGGGAUCCCAGUGAACGUCGGUGCCUCGGAGGUUCGCGACAUGUUCUCUCGCGUAGGUCCCGUACUUUCAUGCGUUUUAAGACCGACUUCAGUGGCGAGUGGCGAGACCAGUCUUCGAGGUGCUCGUUAUAGGUCGCAACAGCACGAGGAGGAGGAGGGGGACAAGGAGCAGACUAGCAAGCAGGAGUCCUCCACAUCUUGUACAAGUGUGUUGGGAAAGCGGGAGCGGACCUUUGAGGUAACGUUUCUCGCCGUGGAGCAUGCAGUGAGAGCAGUGUUAGAACUCGAUGGGUAUCAGCUUCAGGGUGAUUGCGUACUUUCCGUCGUGCCCUCGGUCUCCGUUGACAUUCUCACUGCGGUGCAGGAGUUGGAGAGGGAAUCAGAAAAGAAAUGA